AAGCCGAUAAAACUCGAAAUUGGUAUUCAUUUACCGAUUAUCCGUCAGUAUGGAAGCAUCUGUGGCAUACGCUCUGUUCUUGCACCGCCAGGAGCUGCAACGCCGCGAGGCAGUCUAUGUCCACGUUUCCAGGACCAAGAUUCAACUGACAAAGAAACUAAUUGCCGAGCAAAAGCAGCGAUUAUCCUCCUGCAGUCCCGAGGAACUGGAGAUCCUCAGCAGGGAAACCCAAUUCAAAAGGCAGCUUCAGCAAAAAGUCAAGCAUAGAAAUAAGCAACUGAAGGCAUCAAAGUUAAUUACUUCAAAGUUAAUGAAUAUUAGUGAUUUAAAUUUAGUUUAGUUAAGGUCGUUUAGGUUAGUUUUAGUCUCAAAGAAAUAAAAUUUCAUUAAAAAAAUUAAA